UAAAGAGGAAAUAUACAUUUAAACCCAAACAGGCUCCGCUCGAAGAAAACAUUGGUUUUCACUGCAGCUAUGAAUUAAGAGAAAACAGAAGGAAUUUGAAUGCUGCUUAAGAAGGACAGGCCUGGGAAAAAGGACUCCUGAGGAGCAGCAGCCAGAAGAUUCAGCAUGACGGAAGCAUUCACAGGAACAACGGCCGAAUACGCUUACGACGAACAAGCUUUUUCCUGCAAUAAGACUGACAUCCAAGAGUUUGGGAAAAUAUUCCUGCCAAUAUUCUACAUUGCAGUGUUUGCUCUCGGCCUCACAGGGAACCUCAUGGUGGUUUUUGCCAUUGUGAAAGAAGGCAGCAAGAAAAGCAUCACUGACAUCUAUCUGCUGAACUUGACUAUCUCGGACCUGCUCUUCGUGAUCUCCCUCCCCUUCUGGGCCUCCAACACUGUGCGUGGAUGGACCCUCGGGACUGUUCCAUGCACGGCUGUUUCCUCACUGUAUUACAUUGGUUUCUUUGGGGGCAUGUUCUUUAUCACCGUUAUCAGUAUUGACAGGUACUUGGCCAUUGUCCGGGCGACGUAUUCUCUGCAAUUCAGAACGGUGAAGCAUGGCUUCCUUAUAACCUGUGCAGUGUGGGCAAUAGCUGUUCUAGUUUCAGUGCCACAGUUUGUGUUCUCCCAGCUGGUAGAAAACGACUGCAUUUCUGUCUACCCCCAGGAGCUGGAGAACAUCUGGCCAGUGUUCUGCAAUGUGGAGCUGAACACCCUUGGGUUUUUCGUCCCGGUCUGUAUCAUUUGCUAUUGCUACUGUGGGAUCAUCAGAACCCUGCUGUCCUGCAAGAACCAGAAAAAAGCACGGGCUGUAAAGCUGGUCUUGGUCGUGGUGGUGGUGUUUUUUCUGUUUUGGUCCCCCUACAACGUCCUGAUUUUUCUAGAGACUUUAAGGCACUAUGAGGUAUUCACAAGUUGCAACCAAAUUAAAUCCCUGGACUACGCAAUGCACCUGACUGAAACCAUCGCGUUCAGCCACUGCUGUCUCAACCCUUUUAUCUAUGCCUUUGCUGGGAAAAAAUUCAGGAGAUACCUUCAUCGUGUCUGCUUAAAGUACUGCCCAUUCCUGUGCUUCUGUGGGCCCUGCAGCCGCUACCAGGUCACCCCUUCCGCCAGCUAUGCAGAAAGCACUGUCAACAGCAACAUAACCCUCAACACCAGCGACCAGGAUGGCUCUGUCUUCGUCUGAAAGGCUCUGUGGAGAAGAAAUGUGUGUGAAUACAUCAUCUGCAGGGCCAGCCACCUCUGAGAGCUGCCAUUACCCGUAUGAAGAGGCUCAC